AACUAUUGUGCGCGUAUUUUUAUGUUUGUAUACCACGGUCACACUGCACACAAGUUUGGACGAAAAAAUAUAAAAUGUAUGCACUCUCCAAUAUGCUUGUGCGCUCGCCGGCGCUGCGCCAGGGCCUCAAAAUGGCCGCUGCCAACCGCCAGGUGUCGAUGAAAGUUGUGUCUGUUGCCUCGACCACUAAGGAUGAGACUUACUUCGAGAAGAAUGCGCGCCUGGGACGCGAAAUGUCGCCUCAUUUGACCAUCUAUAAGCCACAGCUGACCUCCAUGCUGUCCAUCAUGCAUCGCGGCACUGGCAUGGCGCUGGGCAUGGGCGUUUGGGCGCUGGGUAUCGGUGCUUUGGUUUCAUCGCACGACAUCAGCCAUUAUGUGACAAUGGUGGAGGGACUGCAGCUGAGUGCCGCCAGUUUGACCGCCAUCAAGUUCAUUAUUGCCUACCCAGUUGGCUAUCAUACGGCCAAUGGCAUUCGCCACUUGAUGUGGGACACGGGCCGUUUCCUCAAAAUCAAGGAGGUCUAUUCCACUGGUUAUGCAAUGGUCGCGGCCUCCUUUGUGAUCAGUGCCAUCUUGGCGCUGUUGUAAAUUAACGAACAGUCCACGCAGCUGGCUCGGUUGAUGGUUAACUUAAAUUGUAAAUUUAGUGCGAACAUUUGUAUAAUUUGUUAAAAUGCAUAAUGCAAGUAAACUUUAUGGUGUAUACACACCCAUACACACAUA